UUUAAAGCAAAUUCUUUUUUGUCUAAAUUGUCAAAUAUUAAAGACAGGAGAAAGUAGGAGAGAAAUUAAAAAGGAGCCAUAUACAUAAGAUGUAUCCAUCAACUGAACACAAGUAGAGAAGGAACAGGAAUUCAUACCCCCUAAACCGCAGAAAUAAAGAGACGCCCAACAGCAUUUGUGUUAACAGUGAAUCUAAAACACAAGACUUAGGAUUGAGAAUGGAGAUGGAGAUGGAGAUGGCGUCAGAGACAGGAGCUUCCAUUGCAGAGCUAAUACAAGCACUGGACCAAGCAACCCUAAUGGCUAAACAACUUACCACCACCUCUGAUUCUUCCCAACUCCUCCAAAUCUACUCUUCCCUUCACUCUGCUCACCACCACCUUUCCCUCUUCCUAUCCUAUCACCACCACCACCACCCACCCCCUCGACAACCCCAUCUCCUCCCUAUACCACCACCACCUCCGGUGCCUGAAAACUCUGUCUCCUCCGCCGUAGGCAGUGGCGAUGAGAAUGAUACUGAUGAACCUAUGCAAGUGGGGGAUGAGGAGGUUGAUGAUGUAAAUGAAACAGAGCAGAAUUCUGUUGAUAGAGUUGAGGAGAGGAUGAGGGGUUGUUUCAUUCAGAAUAAGAGACCCAAAAGACCCCUCUCGCCGGUUUCAGCUGCGGCGGUUGCAGCUGAGCAGCAGCGGCGGAGCUACGACAAUGACGGCGGCCCCCCUGCUCUGGAAUUUGAUCCUCAUGGGACUAGGUUGAGGUCCCUGGACCUUAUUUAUCAGUUUCAUUCUUGAAUAAACUGUGUAGAGAAUUUGAAUAUUUUGAGACUAUAGUUACUUCUUAGAGUGGAUAAAUUAUUGUUUAUUCUGAAUGUAUUUUCAUGAUUUCGAUUGAAAUAAUCUGUACCAUUUUCCGCCAGUUGGAUUAUGAAUUGAUUUUUGCUUCUUGAU